AUUUUAAUUGGCAAUAUGUCAAUCAACCUAAGAAGUAUUGAGGAAAAGCGUUCACACAAAAAUAGAAUAUAAAAAGUUUAAGAUAUCAGUCACUAAAUAUGUUUGGUGAAGUUUGCAGUAAUCACACACAUUCCUUCUUAUGGGGAAAUGAAACAAUACUGUUUGACCAUGAACUUGAAUGUACCGUUUCGAAAACUGUUUUCAUACUAUUCUCUUUCAUCGGGAUUGCUGGUCUUGUUGGAAAUGCUCUCGUUGUUCUUGUUGUUGCUGCCAACCCUAUGAUGCGAUCGACUACUAACAUUUUGAUAAUAAACUUAGCAAUUGCCGAUCUGCUGUUUGUGAUAUUCUGCGUUCCUUUCACUGGUUUUGAUUAUGUCCUUGCAAGCUGGCCAUUUGGAACUGUUUGGUGUUCUUUUGUACAGUAUAUGAUUGUUGUCACGUGCCACGCAAGUGUCUACACCUUAGUUCUAAUGUCAUUAGACCGAUUCCUGGCUGUUGUGCAUCCAAUUUCUAGCAUUUCAAUACGAACCCAACGGAAUGCGUUGCUAGCCAUUAUAGUAACUUGGUUAAUUGUCACAACAACUGCCUUUCCUGUCUUCAUUUCGCAUGGCGAAGUUGAAUAUCAUAAUCAUCGGAACGAAAUCAAUACAGCGUGUUUAUUUUUGACCGACGAUGGAAACAUAGCCAUAUUUCAGAUAUCGUUCUUUCUCUCAUCUUAUGUAAUACCGUUGACAUUGAUUUCAAUUUUAUACAUUGGAAUGCUCAUAAGACUGUGGCAUAGUGCUCCAGGGAGUAAAGUUAGUGCUGAAUCAAGGCGUGGUAAAAAAAGAGUGACGCGUAUGGUAGUUUUUGUCGUACUUGCUUUUGCAGUAUGUUGGCUGCCUAUACAUAUUGUCCUCGUUCUGAAAUCUCUACAAAUGUACGAAACAUCACGUCUCGGAGUGUCUAUACAGAUUUUCAGUCAUGUUCUUGCGUACACUAAUAGUUUUAUUAAUCCAAUUUUGUACAAUUGCUUCUCAGAGAACUUUCGAAAAGCAUUCAGAAAAAUAGUCUGGUGCGGAAAGCCAAUUCCUUUGGGAACUACAGGUGCUCAAAUCACGAAAGCCGGAACAACAAGAACAACUACAGCCGCACAAAAUGGGGGAAUUUCACCCCCCGCCGAAUUCCUCUAAGAUAACGGAAGAAAUUUCAACUGUAUAGAAUUUACUUUUAAAUAAUAUUUAAAUAUAAAAUCUCUUUAAUUUUUUAAAAAACUGAAUGACUGUGAUAAGAUCCACUUUACAGUCAUAAUUGUGAGAUAUAACAAGGGAAAUUCUCCACUUUAUUUAAAAUUUUAUGUAAAUAUAUUAUUAACAAUGUAGGAUCCUACCCUACUAUUGCGCAUCAUGAGACAUCGAAUUUCAUAUCUGUACAUAAAAAAAUUCACAAAAAGGAAAAAUAAUGGUAGUCAAUAGCCUAAUUAAUUAGUUAAUAAAAAAGCCUGUAACAGAAGAGGCGUAAAAAUGUAAAAGGUUUUUAAAAUGAGUAAUUAGUCUUUUUAAAGCAUUAAUAAAUUAUUAUGAAUAAAAAGACGCUUACAAAUUUUUUUAUUCUGCUUAUAUUCUUAACUAAUGUAUAGUGACAGAGCAAUGUUAAUCAAUCAAAUAGGAAUUAUAGGUAUUCAACUAAAUUUUAUAUGACAUAAAGUAGAAAUAGAAUAAGGUUGAAAAAACGAAGAAAAUAUUUAAUUACUUUUAUAGUUCAAUAAAACAUAAUCGAAAAAAUAAAUUUAUGUGAUGUUGUAUUUUUUCUGUGUUUAGAAAACAAUUAUGGGGUAAAUUUAAGACGAUAAUAAAAUAGAAAAUUAAACGAAAAACU